AUGAAUAUCCACACCAUACAUGAUCUGAACGCGCGCAAUCCGACGCCACCAUCUGAUACGUACCAGCCGCAACGUAUCGCCGACGCAGACCGACGACUUCUGCGCUUCUCCGUCACUGAUGCCGUGCAUCUGAAGCUGAAGCUACAAGCCCUCGACAACGCCGUGUCAAGCAUACAUCCAGAAAAGCAUGACGAAGCUGAUAUUGCGAGCAUCACCAAUGCGUGUCAAGAGCGGCCUUUUGAGGAAACUGUAUACGUUGCUGGCUCAGAGGAGUUCUACCUCGUAGUAAAAGGUCUCCCGCGACCACAUAUCAUUGCUGAUGUUUAUGCUGAAGCAUACAAGAAUGUGCUACAGGGCAAGCCCUACGUGAACAACUACAACUUGACCGGAUCUAGGGGAAUAUGCUGCAUUUUCUCCGAGGUGAGAACUGUGCUGGGAGACAUUGAUCGCGUGUGUGAGACCAACCUCGAAGGCGCAUUCGCCAAACUCGAGGAACGAGGCAGCCGUUUCCGUUCCUCCGACUCCCUGCCGAGCUCCGCCUCCAUGUAUACUCGUUCCUUCUUCACCCAGAUCGUCGCAUUAUCCUCAGACCUCAACGCCAGGCAGUUACACGAUGAAGUCAGUAAGUACUUCUACAAGAAUUGGAGACUGUGCGCGCGAGUAGGACCUGCACUCCUGGGCCACUCACGUCGGGACUACGUCGCGGUCAAUCUUCAAGAGGCGAUACCCACCAUCAACUCGGCCACCCGUGAGCUCCUAAAAGAGCUUGAAAUCCGCAUCUAUGAACAUCUGCGUUAUGCUGUUAUAACAGCCCCACCCCCAAGCCCCAUCAGCAACAUAUUUGAUAUACUUAAACUUGAGCGUGUACACAUAACGUUCGAGUUGUCCGAUACCUUUAGAGGGCGCACGGAAGAUACAAAUAUGGAGCGGUUUGGCAAAAGCCUCAUCAAGCAAAUUCCGGCGUCGGUGAGUGUAUCAUGGUCUCACAAGGACGCGGCAGCUUUCUUCGGUAGCCCUGCUGUAGAGCAGCGCUUGUAUCAGGCCUUACAAGACAGAGUAUCUCCUGAGAUAGGUCUGGAUGUAACGGCACCGGGACGUAUGGUGACGUAG